UGAUUCAUUUUAUUUGGUCAUUUGUUUUUAUUGGUAAAUUAAUCGGUUUUUGUUUGUUUAUUUCUUAAUAAUUUAGGGACUACUAAUUAAUCUUUUGUUUUUAGACUUGUUCCCCUUGAUUUUUACAUUUUGUUAAUACCAUGGAUUCCCCCUCAUCAUCCAGCUCAAAUGAAUAUACUCAGGAACAGUUGGAGGCUGUUCGGCGUAUCAAACGGUGUAAAAAUCAUUAUGAACUAUUAGGAGUGAGCAAAGAAUUUACGGAAGCUGAAUUAAAGAAACAAUAUCGUAAAAUGGCCUUACAAUUUCAUCCGGAUAAGAAUAAAACACCAGGAGCUUCAGAAGCAUUUAAAGCGAUUAGUAAUGCUUUCGUGGUUCUUUCAGAUACCGAGAAAAGAAGGCAAUAUGAUCUAUAUGGACCUGAAGAUGGAUCUAGUCGAUCACAAACUAGUUCUCGUUCAAGAACAACCGUUUUUACUGAUGAUGGUAAUUACUUUGAAUAUCAUAGAGGAUUUGAUGGUGAUGUUUCAGCUGAAGAAUUGUUUAAUAUGUUCUUUGGUGGUGGAAAUGUAUAUUUACGUCGUAAUGGUCGUUAUCCUAGUUCAAGGACUCAAAAUCAAUCACCACAACAAGAACCAAGCGGUUUUGGUGUCCUAAUUCAAAUGUUACCUGUUCUGUUCCUUGUCUGCCUAUCAAUGAUGAGCUCAUUCUUUGUCUCAGAUCCAGCAUUCAGUUUACAAAGAACUCUAAAAUAUUCAAAUGAAAGAACAACUUCUUCAUUUAAGGUCCCUUAUUAUGUAAAAGAUAAUUUUGAAAAUGAAUACAAAAGUAAUUUAAGACGAGUAGAAGCUUUAGUAGAAGAAGAAUAUGCUAACAAUCUAAGAGCAGCUUGUUAUCGAGAGAAAAAUCAUCGAGAUGCAAUGUUAUGGAGAGCCCGAAGCUAUGGGGAUAAAGAAUUGGAGGAAAAAGCCAGAGCCUACAAAUUAAAUUCUUGCACCAAAUUUAAUGAGAUGCGAGAACAUUAUGUUUACUAUUAAUCCUUUUAUUGGGAUGAAACCAUUGAUUCGAAAACAUUUAAAUGGACUAUCGAGAAAAGAGAAAAACAAUUUCUUACCAGUUCUUCACUAUAAUUUGAUGACAAUUCAUAAUUAUCAACAUCACCAACACACAACCACCA